AAAAAAAAGAAAAAAAAGAAGAUGCUUUUGUUAAAUUGCUUUGUGUUGGCUCAGAGGGGCUCGGCUGCAGCGGACCUGUCAAAAGUCACCGGGGGUGUUGGAAAGAGUCGGGCGGGGAGGUUGGGGCGACCUGUCGGGGGUGGGAGCACUUGUAUAAAAUCUAGCGUGCGUGUUACGCCGGAGACAACUUGUGAGCAUCGCAGCGAUGAGCGCUACCAAAAGCGAGUUUACGAGCUGGAUCCAGCGUGAGGAGGAGCGCAGAAGUUGGUACCGCCCCAACCCCCUGCGCGUCUUUUCCCCGAGGCCAGACGCCGAGAUACCAGGCCGCUCGUCCGCCCUGCGAAUCCCCGCGUCCGACCACGAGGAGGCAGGCGAGACGCCGCCGCCGCCCCACUGCGGCCCGCACAGACACCGGCGGGUGGCGGCCAACGCUCGGGAGAGGAGGAGGAUGCACGGCCUCAACAAAGCCUUCGACGAGCUGCGGAGCGUCAUCCCGUCACUGGAAAGCGAGAAGAAGCUGUCCAAGUACGACACCCUCCAAAUGGCGCAGAUUUACAUCACCGAGCUGUCGGAGCUCCUGGCCGGGAUGGUCCAACAACACCCGGUCCCCGCGGACAAAACCUCCUGUAGGAGGAACGUCAUCCACGCCCUCGUCCCGGAGCAGAACCCGCGGAGGGAUUCGUGCUCGCAGCUCAUCAUACUCGGACCUAAAAGUGAGCUUCAUAAAAGCACCACGUGCUCCUGUAGUGAUGGAGAAUCGUCUCACCUCAGCGACACCGAGGAAAGUCCGAGUGGAAGACAAUAAACCAACACACUUGGCUGGAAGUACAACGAGCCCAAAUGUGCGGCAAAAAAAAAAUAAAAAAAAAAAUGAAAAAAUAAGUAAAUUGUCACUUGAUGGAAAAAGAAGGGAGGGGAAAAACAGUAAUUAAAGUUACUAUGAUGUAAGUCCAAGAAAUACCCAGCGCAAAUGCUUGAGCAGAGUGGAUUCGCACAUUAUUUCUUUUUCGUUUGUUACUAUUCCAUUUCAACACGUGAAAAUAUUACACUUUGCCAUGUAGUGACUAUUUAUGUCUUCAUGUCAUCUGUGUAGGGUGCAACAAGAUACCUUUAUUUGGGUUAUGCAACAACAAAA